AUGGCUCCAAAGAAGAAGCAAGUCAAAGCUCGUGUGGUCACACCGGUUGGUCAAGUUUACAUUCAGAUCUGAAAGGUCCAAACUAUGCAAUCAUUACAGAAGAACCCGGUCAAUGAGCAAUCGUCGACAAGAAGUGGCCGUCAGCCAGAGACCGUGGUUGCUGCGGGCUCCGACGCGCCAAUGGAGAUAGAGCAGGCGGUGAGUGGGACGAUCUUAACCGACUGGAACCACAAAAUGUCGUUCCCACCGGCUGAACAGUGUUUUUGCUUCUAAACCACCGUCCCAGUGGUCGGAAGUUUGAUGCCAAUCGGUUAUUUGUAAAUUUUCAGGUGGCCGCGGACGCGCCGGUCGUCGCUGUUCCGCCACAACAACGAGGCCGCAAAAACAACAAGGCCAAAAAGGGUCCGGUUGUUCAAAGCGCUCCAGCUGUUCCGGAGGGACCAGCUUCUCGGGAAAGACGUCCCGGAGAGACGGUGAGAACUGAAAAUUUUUAAAACUUUUCAGCAAACGGUCCUGGUUAGACCAAGCAAAUUAUUCUGUGAAAUAUCUUAUCUUUGGGUCCUUCUAUCUCGGGAUUAUAUUUGCCAAAAAUGAUUAUUACUUUCAGGACGAUGAGUUCUACAGUAGAGUAUGGAAGAUAACCGAAGUGAUCAAAUACUCGCCGGCGUCGACCACGGACACUUGGUGCUCUCUAAAAAUCGCUGAGAACAAAAGAAUCAAGGAGCAGAAAGAGGCGGCGGCACGGGCGGCCAAGGGACUCGGUCCCAAACCGGCGGUUAGUUUUCGAGAGAUCCCUAGGAAAAUAUCAAUCGGCCGUGGGUAGAAAUAUUUCGAGCUUCAUGUACAUGCACACUAGUGAUCCGAUUUCUACCUAAAAACAUGAAAUCAGGUAUAAAAGCCGAUACAACUUUUCCUGAAUUUUUAUCCCAAAAAAAAAGUAUGGCCUCUCAAUUUUACAAGAAAAUUUUCAUUUCAGGAUCCUCCCGUCUACGACCAUAUCAUCGAGCCGGAGACAGAUUCGGAUUCGAACCCGAGCUCGGGCUCGGACUCUGAGCCAGAGGAGGAGCCGCAAGCGGGACCCGGUCCCAGCACUUCAGGCCCGGCUCCGAGUUUCCAAAACAAUUAG